AGGGAAGAAAAAAGAGAAGGGGAAGAACAAAGGAAAGAAGGAGGCAAAAGGCCCAAAGGAGGAGCAGGUGAAAGCACCGAUUGCAGCUCCAGAGCCUGAGCUUAAAACUGAGCCCGAAGCUGAACAGGCCCCCGAUCAGCACUCGAUAAGCAGCGCUGAGACACAGCAGGCUCCGGAGGAACAAAAGGAAGAAGCUGCGAUAAAAAAGGAGCCCGAAGAAGUGAAGGAGGAGGAGGCAGAGAAAAAGGAGGAAGAAGCAGCAGAACAGGAGAAAGAAGCCAAAGGAAAAGAGAAGAAGGGGGAGGAGGUGAAGGAGGAGGAGGAGGCGAAGAAGGAGAAGCCUGUGAAAGAAAAGAAGACGGAGAAGAAGUCAGAAGAGGCUAAAGGCCCCAAACGUCCGAAAACCAUGCAGUGCAAAGUCACCUUACUGGACGACACUCAGUUUGAGUGUGAGCUUGAUAAACAUGCUAAAGUCCAAGACCUUCUCACAAAGGUGUGCGACCACGUCAACCUGCUGGAGAGAGAUUACUUUGGCCUCUCUACCUGUGAAACCCCAGCCAGCAAGACAUGGUUUGAAUCCACCAAAGAGAUCAGGAAACAGGUCUCAGGUGCUGUUUAUGAGUUUGCGUUCAGCGUGAAGUUCUACCCUCCGGAUCCAGCACAGCUUACCGAAGACCUCACCAGGUACUUUCUGUGCCUUCAGCUGAGGAAGGACAUUAUGCAAGGCAUCCUUCCCUGUUCCUUUGUCACACUGUCCCUGCUGGGCUCCUACACAGCCCAGUCGGAGCUCGGAGAGUACGACCCAGAGGUCCACGGGACAGAUUAUGUUAAGGAUCUGAGCCUGGCCCCGGGACAGAGCAAAGAGCUGGAGGAAAAGGUGAUGGAGCUGCACCGCACGUACAGGUCAAUGAAUCCAGCCCAGGCAGACAUUAUGUUUCUGGAAAAUGCCAAGAAACUUGCCAUGUAUGGAGUUGACCUGCACCGAGCCAAGGAUCUUGACGGUGUGGACAUCACACUGGGGGUUUGCUCUGGUGGUCUGAUGGUCUACAAGGACAAGCUGAGGAUCAACCGCUUCCCUUGGCCAAAGGUGCUGAAGAUCUCUUACAAACGCAGCAGCUUCUUCAUCAAAAUCAGGCCGUCAGAGCAAGAGCAGUAUGAAAGCACAAUCGGCUUUAAACUGCCAAACUACAAAGCAUCAAAGAAGCUGUGGAAAGUUUGCGUUGAACACCAUACCUUCUUCAGAGUUCCAACAGUGGAGCCCCCCUCAUCACGUCGCUUCCUCGUCUUGGGCUCCAAGUUCCGGUACAGCGGACGUACGCAGGCCCAGACCCGCCAGGCCAGCUCCUUGAUUGACCGUCCAGCCCCUCGCUUCACACGCUCUGCGAGCAAGAGGCUGUCCCGUAACCUAGAUGGAGCUGGAGAUGAAACUCUCCAGUUCCUGCAACGACUCUCGGCAUCAACCAGGUGUGAGGUUGAUGAUUGGUCGCUGAUGCUGUCAUCUGACAAACCCCGGUCUUCUCCUGAAUUCCCAGCCACAGGGGACUCUGGGCAGACUUUCAUUGAGUCCUGGGAGGAAGGGCAGUCUGUUCACGCAGUCACAGUAACCCGGCAGGACAAUGAGACCGGGCAGACUGGCUCUCAAACCGUCACCCAAACGGUCAGUCAGCCUUGGCAGGAGCUGCCAUCUGAUGAGCAACAGCAGAGGAGAAAGGAGGAUGAGUGGUCUGCACUGCUCCAACGGCAUCCUCCUUUUCCCUUUGUUGCACCUUUUGACUUUGUGAAACAGACAGCGAAGCUCAGCUUGGCAAAAAUGAUCUCUAUGGAGCGCCUAUUGCAACCAACUCGGACACAGCAAGAUGAUUGGUUCCUUUACUUUGACCGAAUCUUCAGCCUCUCCUCACUCGAGCGUGUUGACAAACCAUUGUCCCUCCUAGCUCAGCUCCAGCUCCAGCAGGAGGACGAGCAGGGCAUGCGUGUGGCAGAGCAGAAACUGACCAUUGAGAGGCUGCAGGAAACUCUGAUCUCUGACGAGCUGGCAGAGAUGGAUGUUUUGGAAAGGAGGCUGAGAGAAGUUAGGGAUUUAGAGGGUAGGCUCCUGGAAAUGGAUGAGAGGGCAGAGCGACUUCAGGAAGUAAUAGAAGACGAAUUGGGUAAGGAAGAGGUAGAUCGGUUAAGAGAGGAAGAGGGCGAUUUUGAGCAGGAGAAACAAGUUGAAGGUAUAACAGAAACACACUUGAGGAAAUCUGUGAGGACAACGGAGACUAAAGAGGAGGGAGUGGAUGAAUUAGAAGAGCAGAUAAAGCAGGUGUUUUUAAAAGGCUUGUUACCUGAAGAAGAAGAAGAAGAAGAAGGGGCCGAGAUGAAGCAGGAGAGGGAAAAAGAAGUGACGGACGAGAGUCUGUCCGAUGACCGCUUGAGAGGGAAGCUAAAGGAAUGGAGAGACGAGGUAGAGGAGAAGUUGAAGUCUGGAUCUUCAGAUGUCACCAGUACCACUUGUGUAGUAGCACACCAGAAGGUGCAGCGCAGGACUAAGAAAAGAGUUACUAUUGUAGACGAGAGAGGGCCGACGCAGGCAGAAAUGGAGGGUGUGCAGGUACAGCAUGGUGUCGUUUUAGUGGAGAGGCUAGAAAAAGAGAGGACGAGGCUUCAGACGCAGAUACUGGAGGAGAUAACUGAGGGAGAAGGUACAGAGAGGCUUCAGGCUGAGCAUCGAGCUCAGCUGGCAGAUAAGGAUAUCUGGUUCAUACUUUUGGACCGCCCUCCAUACAAAGCUGUUCUCCAACCACCAGUUGCUACUGUGGAACGUGCUCAGGUAGAUGAAGGCGAGUAUCUCACCUCCCAGACUGAGAUUACAACAUAUGAGGAGAGAACAAUGAGAGAAGAAGAAGUUUGGCGUAUACCAGAGAUCCCACCACCACAGACCGUCAUGGAAAGAGAUGAUGACUGGUUUGUGUUGCUGGAUGUUGUUCCAAGAGAAACGCCUUAUAUACCACCAGUUACCUUGAAGGGAGGAGAACAGCUGGGUGCAGAAGGUUUUGUCUUUGUGGCUGGAACUGCAACCGAGGAGGAUGUUAGAGAAGUAGUAGCUGAGGAGACAAAGAUAGUAGAAGAAGCACCGAGACAUCGACAAGAGAUGCCACAGCAGCCACUGCCUGACAGGGAUGAUGACUGGUUUGUGUUGCUGGAUGUUGUUCCCAGAGAAACACCUUAUGUACCACCAGUUACCUUGAAGGGAAGAGACCGGCUGGGUGCAGAAAGUUGUGUCCCUGUGGCUGGAACUGCAACCGAGGAGGACGUUGGAGAAGUAGUAGCUGAGGAGACAAAGUUAAGAGAAGAGGAGCCAAGACAUCUACAAGAGAUGCCGCAGCAGCCACUGCCUGACAGGGAUGAUGACUGGUUUGUGUUGCUGGAUGUUGAUCCCAGAGAAACAGCAUAUGUACCACCAGUUGCUGUUGCGGAGCGUGUUGAAGUGUCCCAAGAAGAACUUGUCUCUCUAGUUAGAAUAGCAGCCGAUGAGGAGGGAGAAAAAAGAGUGGAGAGUAUGGCAGCAGACACAGAAAUAAAACGAGUGCUGAGUGAAGUUGUAGCACUGCCGCAGGCUGCGAGAGAGAUAGAAGAUGACUGGUUCGUGCUGCUGGAUGUUCCCACUAGAGAACCGUCAUAUGUGCCACCAGUUACCAUGGCAGAGUAUGUUCAAGUGUAUCCUGAAGAAAGCACAUCUACUGUGGCUGAAACAAUAACCGUAGAGUCCAGGGAGGAGGUCGUAGGUGAAGAGAUUGUGGUGCAGAAAGACGACAGAGGACAGCAGGGAAUGUCCCAGCCAGUCAGAGAAAGAGACGAUGACUGGUGUCUUCUACUGGAGGUUGUUCCCAGAGAAACUGCCUUUGUACCUCCAGUUUCUCUGGCAGUACCGAGCCUAACUUAUCCAAGCGUUCAACCUCCGCAAAUGGAAGUGAUGAGCCUAGAGCGGAGGUUGCAGCAGGUUGAUCUUGAACAGAUUAGACUGCAGCCUUCUCGGCCAGAGAGAGAUGAUGACUGGUUUGUGCUGUUUGAUGCUGUUCGUGAAAAGCCAGCUGUACUACCAUCAGCUACUCCUGUUGAGAUUAUUCCGGAUGUGAGGAAGACGUUUGAGGUUGAGGUGACCACCGCAGAGACUAGAACAUGGGAGAAGAUGAUAAUUGGUGUGGACUGCAGGCAAGAUGAGACACGUCUGUCUGAAAUUAGAACUAGCGAAAUUGCAUCACCGUCGGAGAGAGGAGGAGGAGGAGGAGGAGGAGGAGGAGGAGAUGAUUGGUUUGCCCUGUUCGACAUCAUCCGCGAAAAACCUGUUGUCGGACCGUCAGUUGCUGUGGUUGAGCAUGUGGUGGAUGUGGUGGCAGCCACUGAACCAAAACCAAAAUUCAUCGUGGAAGACAUGAGGCCCCCUGUGGAGUUGUUGGAGAUUGAACCGUCACAUCCGACACCGGUGGAUGAUGACUGGUUUGUGCUGCUAGAUGUUGCAGCAAAAGUACCAGCGGCUGUGGACGAACGUAUCGGUACACGCCCUGAAGUAAGAACAGAUAAAGAGUUUGCAGCCAAUAAGCAGAGAAUCACUCUAGUGGAGGAGAAGUGGCAGCAGGAGAAGGCGGUACAGCAGAAACCGCCUCCAGCCGUGAGAGAGGUAGAAGAUGAUUGGUUUAUUCUCUUGGAUGUGGCCACUAAGAAAUCAGUCGUUGUCCCCGAGCGCAUCCACUUCCCAGCGGAGGAGAGAAUUCCAACAGCUGUGGCCAAAACAAGGAUCGCUGUUUCUGAGAGGAGUUCACAGUUUGAGAAGCGGAUGCUGGAGGAAAGACGUCCGCUCACACAAACGCACGUCAAUGAUGAUUGGUUUGUUCUUCUAGAUGUUGGCCUCAAAGAGUCAGCGGUGAGCACACAGAGGGGUGCCCGUCCCGUCAGCGCUCCGGUCUUCUCCCAGGCUGCUCUAGCCGAGGCAGGGAUCCCUAUGGCCCCUUUCGAUCUGCCCCAGACCUCCACUCCGAUCAAGACCGGCCGCAAAGAGGAAAGAAAGCUCGAGGUCACUGUAGAAGCCGUGGAGCCCUCAAAAAUGGAGGCCAUGGCUGAGGUCAAGCCAGCAGUUUGGAGGGACCAGAGACAAGUAGACUCUUCACUGAUGCCCACCGUCAAUGGGGACAUUCAGCACAAGUCUGAGGUGACGAGCACGAAGGUGGUGCGAAUGCGAAAGAAAAGAGCUAAGAGAAUUGAGGGUGACUCAAUUUAUAUCAGACAUAGCCUUUUAAUGUUGGAGGACUUUGAUAAGCCCCAGGAGGAGCUGCUCAGGCAUCAUGCCAGCAUCAGCGUGCUGAAGAGGAACUUCAUGGAAGCCGCCCCGGAGAGCAGGCCCAGUGAGUGGGACAAGCGUCUGUCCACGCACUCUCCGUUCCGCACCCUGGGUAUCAAUGGUCAGCCUCUGCCCGGUGCUGAUGGGAGCGUGUGCAUUAGUCUCCCUUGCAAUGGUUCAGAGACACACACUGCACAUGAGGACACCUUCUCAGGCAUGCCGAGACCCACUGUGAGCCACGACAGUGAGCCUGAGGAUGCUCGAGUUGAGGAGGAGUCAUGUGAUCAGGAAGAGGUUGUAGUUUUUGAGACCUUCUCGGUGCCCGCCGUAGAGGUGGAGAUGGUGCAGCUGCCCGCCUCCCUCGGCCGCUGCCGUAAGGCUUUGGAUGGGACCCGGGAGGAGGAAGAAGGAUCGUGUCCAGAAGUGUCGGUGCGCUCUGGGAAGAUAGUCGGAUCUUCCCCAGCUUCCUGUUUCAGGAGCGAUGGUCCCCAGGUCGUACGCUGCUUCCAGCCCCCUCUGGUGCAGACCCAGACAGUCACCAUCACAGCUGUCUCCGCCUCCUUACCCAGUGGCAUCUCCACCACGGAGGUCCCUAUCGUCCCGACCAAGACCUUCAUCUAUGAGUCGUCAAAGGUGGCAGUUGAUGGGACAGACGAGGACAAAGACAACACAACCGCGUCCAGCUCCAAGACCGUAACCUCAGAGAGCACCAGCGGCACCACAGUCACUACCACUCGCAUCUCAAAGGUAGUGAAAAGCGGAUCUUCUGAGACCCGCGUGGAGAAGAGAAUCGUCAUAACCGCCGACUCUGACAUCGACCAAGAUAAGGAGAAAGACGGCGGAGCAUCAGUAUUGUAACUGAAUCACCAGCUCCGUCUACGCACACAUAUCCAAACAACAUGCCCUGAAUCUGCACCUACUAUUAUGGAUGAUUCAGUAGAUGCAUCUUAGUAGAUCCUCUUUGUUUGUUUAUCAGUUGUAGGUAGAGGAGGGCUCCACAGUGCUCGAGUUUGAUCAAAUGCUUAUCUCAUCCAGGUGUCAACAAAGCUUAGUGAAAAAUUAUUGGUAAAAAAAAAAAAAACCCAGCAUUUUCAGUUCUGUUUGCUUUUAAAUGCUUUUAUUUCCUUCGUGGUUUUUACAUUAAUUUUAUAAACAAUGCACUGUUUUCAUUCUAGUUUACACACCAUCAGCAUUUAUUCCCUUGGUGCUGCGGGGAACGUUAAGACUACAUUCAAGGGAAUUCUUUUUUUUUUUGUUGUUUACUUGUCUAUUUAAUUCAGGAAAGGCAUUUUUUUUUUUUUUGAAUGGCAUUACAUACCUUGCAUAGAAAAGUGGACAAAGAUUUGGACAGUUGCUUUGCUCAGUUCACUGCUCAGGUACAGAAACCUAAACAUAUUCUCUUUCCUAAACCAGCAGCCUACACAUUGUUGUAAAGUCUAAAUUAAAAAAAUGGAUCUAUUUUGAAAUAAUUCUCUAUUUUAUAGAAUUAAUGCUUUUCUAGUAUUUGUACAAAUUUGAGGUUUUUAAGUUAUUCAUCCAUCUGCUCAUUAAAUUGAAGGUUACCACUGUGCUGUUUACUGAAUUCUGAGGUCUCUGCUCUGAGGCUCUGAAUCAUUCUUAUUCGUUUCCUCUUGUAGUCCACCAAGUUUAUCAAACCUUUCACAAUGUCCACAUGACAGGGGAGCGCAUGCUUCAGUCCUAUGUUUCGUUCAGUAGCAUAGAACUCAUAAUUGCUUUGAAUAUAUUUGGUUGGUAAGAAAAGCUCUGCAAGCUUUGGUCUGUUUAACUCAGGUUUUGAUAUUAUUUGUAAGACUACAGACCUCCUUCUGAUUGUACGAGGAAUGUCCAUAUAUAUGUAUAUCCAUCCCGACUUUAAAUGUACAUUCAUGUUCAGCCAAGUGAGGUCAAUAAAUACAAAGCUCGUCUGUCACAAUAACCACGCUUGUAAGGGGUGAAGGCAGCUGUCCCAGUAUGUGUGGCGCGUCUCUCUCAUAGGAGCACAAGUUGUCUUUUUUACAUGUUCUACUAUACAGUAAUUUAUUUGUAAAGUAGGAAGUGUCUUGUGUGAUUUGAUGUACUCUGAUGUUUCGACACGCGCUGGUCUCCAGGCUUCCACUAGAGAUGUCACAAGUAUUGCAUUAAUUAUCACCCGAGUUUGUAAAGCCUUUUUACCACAUAGUCCAAGUAGAUCGCUCUCUCACUGUUUCUUGUGCUUUUCCAUAGAAGAGAAAAUGCUUUAAAUAUAUGAAUUCCUUUUAGAUAGCAUGUUUGUUAGCAAACUUCUUUUUUUUUUUUUUUUACCCAAAAAGAAGCCAUUGGUAUUGUAGCUACAUGAACAACAGAAACCUCGCCUGGAAGAAAAUGUAGAAUUUCACAAAAAGAAAAUAGUUUUUAGACGAUGGAAAAUAUUGUUGCUUCGUGACUUAUCCCUGUCUUUUUAUGGAAAAAUAAAAAGUGCAUUACUCUGCAGUCUGUGUGUGAAGCAUACCAUUCUGAACGUAUGAAAGAGAUCUUGGUAAGAAAUAAAUAUUUAAUGCCAUUCACAGUUGAUGUUGCUGCAUGUCCAAUCAACACCAAACUCUUGAGAUGAAACUAUUGUAAUAUACUAUCAUGUUACAUUUGCCUAAACAAUCGAGUACAAACAGUCUCUGAACUUUAAGGAAACUGAACAGCCGAAUAAUAAAAUUUAAAUCAAG